AUGGCAGCAGUGCAUAAAAAGUCAUUAUGUUUUCUGUGAUACCGUUUUAGAACAGCGCUGAAACUGUUUUAUAUAAGUGUUGAAUUAUUUUGGUUAACGUUGAUUCAAAAUUAGUAUCUAUCAUCACAUGAAUGUUGUGCAAUAGUAUCGUAUCUCCAAUUGUUUAUUAUCGUGGACUUCUAAAAAUUAAUGUUUGAAAUAAAAUAUUUCUAUUGUUAUGAGAGGUAUAUCCGAAAAAGUUGCUGCUGUGAUUUGAUUGAAAAGGGUAAAUAUGGGAAAUUGUUUGAAGAGAUCCACCACUGAUGAUAUUUCUCUAUUGAGGGGUAACGACAGUGUUAGAGAAUCAUCGUCGGACCAACUUACUCCACCGAAUUACCAAGAAGUUUUAUCGUCUCAGCCAGCAAUUCUUCCAGUUUAUCAUCCAUCUCCUAGCGUCACAAGGUCGGUAGCUCAACUGACCGAAGAGGAACAAAUUAAGAUAGCUAAACGCAUUGGAUUGAUUCAACAUCUUCCCACUGGUACAUACGAUGGCUGCAAGAAGACCAGAGAAUGUGUUAUUUGUAUGGGGGAGUUCAUGGUAGGUGACGCUUUGCGUUACCUACCAUGCAUGCAUACAUACCACAUGAGAUGUAUCGAUGACUGGCUCAUGAGGAGUCUCACUUGUCCCAGCUGCAUGGAACCUGUAGAUGCUGCUUUACUUACUAGCUACGAGACUAACUAAUAGCCAGUGCCUUGCAAUCGAUUGUGAAUUACUGUGAUCUGAACUCUUUUUAUUGGGCGUGAAUGAGGGGUGGCUGUGAUUCCAUAUUAAUGUAUAAAUAUAUCUCAUUUAGGGAAGAAUAUGGAUUGUGUAUCAUUUUUCAUAAUUUCUUAUUGAUUUGCUUCAGUUACACAAAUUUACUAGUGGGGCAGAUGUUGGUGAUGAUGAUUUUUUAUUAGUUCAACCUGCUAUAGAAUUAUAAUAUUGAAAUCGACAAUGGUAGCAUUCUCCACAUAUGUUCACCAUUCGGUUUUAUCUUGCAAAUUGUUUGGAAAUUUUAUUCAAAGCCAAUUAUGUAUGCUCUAAAACCUCCACCUGGUUGACUGUUUUCUAAUGUUAUUCCCCAUGAGAAUUUGAAAAUUUUUGACUGAGCCCUUGAUUUGAAUGAAAUUUUAUGAAUAUUUAGAUGCUACAUGGCAAUGAAAAAUCCAUAUUCUUUGAUAAACAAUUUGAUGUUAAUAAUACACUAUACAAUGAGUUGAAUAUAAUAAUCAAUUGUUAUAUGAAAGCUUGAGACAGUAGCUAUUUUUUUUGGAAGAUAAUUCUCUUUUUUUCUCAGCUGAAGACUGAAAGUUUUUGUGCUUGUUUUCUGUAUAUCUUGCUGUAUCACUUAUUGACGUCUGUUUUUUGUAAUAUUGUGAAAAACAUAAAGUUCUUUGUGGUUUUAACAACCUCUAUAUCGGUUCAAUUAAGGAAUUGGCCCACUCUGUUACUUGUGAAUCUUCUUCAUGGUUAUUGUGAUUUUGAUAACAAUAUAUAUAUAUAUAUAUAUAUAGGUAUACGAAUAUCGUAACUGGAUAUAUAUAUAUAUAUUUUUUUUUUCUUAAAUUAAUGCGUAGGUACGUGACAGUUCAAUACCAAUUUGAGAUGAGUUACAUCGAAUUGCUGGUCGAAAAUAUUUAUCGCUAUAUUAUUGUAACCUCUAUUAUAUCGUUUCAAAUCAGAAAUAUAUUUUUUCGAUGUA